AUUUCUGCCAUUCCCGCCGAGAGGCUGUGCUGCUCACUCAUCCACAUCGCUGUUUAUGGUCGUCGUGUGGAGUUGGGCGCAUUUAUCUCAUUCGAUUGUCUUUACAAAGCAUUCUUUUCAACAAAUUGCUUCUGCAUUAUCAUCAUGGUCUACACGGGAAAACCGAGCCGUGGAUGCCAGACCUGCAAGAGCCGCAGGAUAAAGUGCGACGAACAACGCCCUACGUGCGGUAAUUGCAGAAAGUCGAAGAGGCAUUGUCCGGGGUUCCCGGAUGAGUUCGACCUUCUGUUCCGCAACGAGAAUGUCGCUGUGGUCCGCAGGGUGAACAAGGGAUCAGAGUCAAAAAUCGUCGUUCCAGUAAACUCCGUGUCCCCCGCAAGUGAAGGGACGCUUUCAACGGAAUCGACGUCAACAAAUGCCUCUUCUGCUCCUUCUGUGGCCUCGUACGGCUCUGACAGCUCCGGUUCAAAUGAAGUCCAGCUGUCCGAUCCGAACACGACGCUUUUGCGGGUGUAUAUGUGCCUCCAGGGUGAUAAGCUUCCUGGAGGAAUACGACCGUCAUUAGAAAACCAGGCAACCGCAUUCUUCUUUAGAAACUUUAUCCUCUUACCCCAACAGUCGGAGGCCAUGCGGGGUUUUGUGGAUCUCAUUGUCCCAUAUUACGGCAGAGCAAGCGAACAAUCACCUGUCCAACUAGCGACACAUGCUGUCGCCCUCUCGGCCUUCGGCAACUUCCCCGGGCGCGGCUACAUCGCAACUGAAGCAUCAAAAACGUACGGUCGCGCUCUCCGACGUGUGGGCAAAGCCAUUGCAGAUCCAGUUGAAGCCAAAUCUGAUGAGGUUUUGCUUUCCAUAAUGCUUUUCGCGCUCUAUGAGGCGAUCACCUCCACCAAUGAUUCCGUAAAUUCCUGGACAAAGCACGUCGACGGCGCAGUAACUAUUGCAAAACUACGUGGUGCAAAGGAGUUCCAGAGUGAAGAUUCACGGAAAGUUUUCCAGGCCGUCCGCUCCAUGACUUUGACCAGCGCCAUCCAACAAUGCAUUCCGGUCGAGGAUUUCCCAGGAGAAGGCUGGGACAGCAUUAAGAACGAAAAUGCCGCUAAUCGACUGACUGCUUUAUCUAUGGAUCUUCCGGAGAUCAGAGCCCGCGUCAGAAAAUUGGUAACCGACGGUGGUAGCUCGGCAGAGAAGAUAGCAGAAGCACAGGAUCUGAUGGAAACCGUGAAGAAAAUCGACAUACGGUUCCAGAAUUGGUUCAAGUCUUUACCCGAGACUUGGUCAUACAAGACGGUAGCUUACACACAUGCCGUCCCGGACGACAUCAUGAACGCCCACAGGUGGUUUGGUCCUGUACACGCUUACGAAGAUGUUUUUACUGCCAACAUCAUCAACGAUUACCGUCUCGCCAGAAUUUUUGUACAGUCCAUCAUUUUAGGAUGCGCAUCCAUCCUAGCAGCAGAACUGGAAGAUUACGACACUAUGAUGUGUUGUGCGGACGCCAGCCUCAUUACUCAACAACAAAUCGACGACAUAUGUGCAAGCGUACCGUAUCAUAUGGAUUUCACACUACAAGGGAAGGGAAUAGAGUCACAUGAAAAGAGGAAAGCCGUUGAAGCCCUUGGCGGCUACCUCCUCGUAUGGCCAGUAUUCGUUGCCAGCAAUGUCGAAAUAAUCCCGAGUCUCCAACGCUCAUGGCUACACGGCCGACUCCUCUACAUCGGGCGCGAAUUUGGGCUCAACCAAGCGCAAAUGCUAGCCAUGGCACGCCAACAAGUCUUAUCCACUCCAGGUAUCAACAUGCAAAUGCCUCCGAUUGCCCAGUCCGAAGCCAGCAUCCAUCUCGCACUUCUGAGGAGACUGGGUAUGGCGCAGCAGCAGAGCCAGUCUCAGGGUGGAACCGCGCUGGAUCCUCCGGCACCCACAAGUUCGGCGGGGGCUUUGGCGUCUGCCGAGCAGCCACUACCGGGGCUGGUGCAGCCGGACUCUGUUCCCAAGACGUCGAAUGUUGUGCGCAUUGCCGGUGCGAGGAUGCCAAACGUUGUACGGAUUACCGCCGGCUCAAGCUCUCUCCCGCCGUUUCAGACGGCAAGAAUUAUUUACGGCGAUUCUUAUUGAAUUCAUUCAGCACGGAAGAGGCAAAGUCUAUGCUCUUGUGUGAUCUCCUCUAUCUUCAAAGAUCAUCUCUGGACACUUUUCGUAAGCGACAUGCAUGAUAGAACGCUUCUUUUUAAACAAAAAAUCAAGACAAAACUCCACUUAUGUUUUGGGGCAAUCUCCACUUGGUUUUCGAUAUUAUAUGGAAAACAGAUGAAAGCUUCAACACGCAAAGAGUACAUUAAAAUAGAAGCAAAAAUGUUGAAUAUAUAAAUCAGUUCACUAAAUUUGUGAGCACUCUUACGCAAAUAUGAGGUCAUCCAA